AUGAGGAUCGCCUCGUUCCUCCCUCCAGCGCUCGCCGUGCUGAGCCUCUGCGCGCAUGCAUCACCUCUCCCAUCCACCUACACUCCUCCCUCUGCCUUGCUCAAACGCCAAUCUGCCUCCGCUUCCGCACUUCAAAGCACAACCGAAGCCGCCAUCUCCUCCACACCCAAAUCGGACUGGAAACGACCCGUGGUGAUCACCACCUCUGCCAUCGGUCUUGCCAUGACGGUCGGGUGGAACUACAUCAGCGCCAAAUCGUUCUUGUCGAACAGGGAGAAGUUCUACAAGGAAAAGGCAAGAAUGGAAGCGGAGAAGAAGAAGCCACCGCCGAAGGUGGGCGACACGGUGUGUACGGUGGAAACGUAUACGACGAGUGAUCAGGUGGAAGGGAGGAAGCCGAGUUUGGUCAAGACGCCGUGUUAUGUGCUGGGUCAGCGAGGGGAGGGGCAGGGACAGCAGGAGGGCGGAGGGCGGGAUGGAGAUGCACAAGUGGCGAGUAUGAGUUCGGGCGAUGGUGGCGAUGAUGUGGUCGGAGGAGUGUCGGAGAGUCAGCAGCAGGGAGACUUAUCGAGCGACUUCGAGUCCGGCGCAAGAGAUCGCAUCCCGAAAAGGUUUCCUGUUACUUCCUCUACCGCAUCAGCACCUUCUGCUUUCGACCCCUCCAGGGACUACAGCGCCAACGCAGCCACCGGCAACAUCGUCAUCUCGCAUCCACUCCACAAACGCGGUCUAUCCUCUCCUCAACCGAUCACCGCCGUCGACGAGAUCGUCGAAGAAGCCAUCCCAACCCACCCCUCAUUUCCAUCCCUAUCCUCCUCCUCAUCGUCGUCCUCCAUCCACUCCCCCGAGUACAUCCCCCUCCUACCCCUCGAUUCCAACCACCGUCUACGACCUCGUCCCUCCUUCCCUCCCUCAACAUUCGAAUCCACCUCUUCACCACCAUCGUCCGAUCUGCGCAAGGAACUCAAACCCAACCUCUCCUCAGACAAAUACAAAGCCUGGGUUCAAAAACUCAAAAGCUCCGGGGAAAAACUCUCCACCGACGACAUCACGUUCGGUUUGACGGUGCUCAACACGCUGGGCAACAUUCCGAGUUUGAUCAUGACGACGAUCAACGCUAGGUACUACAGAGGUAAUCCGAAGGUGGAUUGA